CCAGACAGCCCACGACAGGAGACACCAGAGGACAACUUCCCUAGGUUCCUCACACUACACCCAAAUCCCAUUCCCAAGUCCCCUCUACCCCCAAUCCCCCCCUCUAGUCCUGCCCCAUCACUCUUUCUUUCCCACCUCACCGAACCGACGACACGCUCCGGCCCCCCGAUUACGAAAUUUCCUUUUUUUUUUCGACACCACGACCUUCGCCCUUCUGUGCCUCGCCGUGUUUCGAGAAAGCGCCCCUUCCACCCUUUCACCUUUCGAUUCGCGUCCGCCUUCUACAAGCUCCCCAUCUCGGCCUCUCUCUUUUUUUUGUCGUUAACGUCCCAACUCGAAAUCUCAGUCUCGCUCGCCCGUGUCGUCUCAUAGCAUCUUGUCUCUGGGCUGUCUGUUUGCUUGUCUACUACGCAUCUCUUUCGUUCUCGGUUCGCUAUUUGUCCUCACGCAGAAACGAACCACACCGAAAAAAAAAAACAUUGACCACGCCGUCUGCUCGGACCAGCUUGCUCCCAACUCCCAUCCGAUAAUUCUGGCCCUCCCCGAUGUCCCGUCUCCAGUAACGGCCGAAUUUGCAGUUGUCAGUCGUGACGCGGCACUGCCUCUACCCCAUACUCCUUUCCCUCAGCCUGCGACUCCCGACGGGUUGUGACCGGGCUUGAGACCGCCAGACCAGGCAAGAAAGUUCACGGUGACAGUGGGCUUCUUCUUCAGAGACGAACAACAUCAUCUACCUCCCUCUUUGGCCGCCGGGCGACCUUCAGUUCUAUAGUGUCACCAUCGUUAAAAAAGGUCUUCGUACCACCAUACACGGGGUCUCGAUUUAUUUGAAAAGGCUCCGUUCUUGUCAACGCAAUUGGCAGGUGAGUUCGAUGCUGGGACUUGUCGUCCCCCCCAUUGAUCAGCACAAUUGCAAAAAAAAAACGUGGGGAUCACCUUGCCUUUUUCAGCAAACACACAUUUCUGUCCUCAGUUGAGCUACGCACUUUGCCAUUGUCUUUUUCCCGAGACUCUUGAUGAAUGGUCUCGCUGACAGACUCCAUGCAGAAACCCUGCCUUAAUACUUUCGUUCAACCUCGCAAUCUGCUUGUCAAAGUUUGAGCACCGUCGGGCAGCUCAUCUCUCCGAGACUUUGAACAAGAACAUCCAUCUAGUUCUGCCUUGGAUCUGAACAGAUCUCCAGAUAUCAUGGCCGCACUGGUACAAGGAUAUCCACAGCAAUCUGGGACAGUCACAAUGCUUCAGACCAGACCGGCCUCAGCCUCGGGCAUGCUGCCAGUUCAGUCGAAUGCGCAAUAUGCUCAGGGUGGAGCUCAUAGAAAUAGUAUCCACGGCUUGCCCACAGGAGUGGCUUCUCCUGUGGUGUACCGUGGCGGCUCAGGGUCUGUCCAACCUUAUGCCUACACAGGCACACCCAGCCUUAAUCCGACGACACAAUGGCAACAGGUCAGGUCACACCGGACAUCAUCCUCGCCAGCAGUGCCGACUAUCCAGACGCUGGACUAUCUACAGCCUGGUGUGGCCCGCUCCCGGUACGCGGCCAGCAACUCCAUGACAAACUUGCCUAGUACGGCAUCCAUCAGUUUGACGGGUGCCGGGUCUCGGGAUGAUUCAGCCCUGCCGUCAUCAGGAACACGCAGAGCCGGUGCGCAGGCAUCACAGAUGAACGGAACAUCGCUGUCGCCACCGAUUGCACAGGCGGCGCCGCGGGUGUCACCGGAAAGAUAUAGGAGAACUGCGCUGCGGUCUUCUGACUCGGCGGGCUCGGGCCUAGGGAAACAGCCCCAGGAAACGGCAACCGCUGGGCGCCCAGGCCACACUCGGAGUGCAUCGGAUCAAAAGCCUGUGAUGCUGCGGACUCCCCAGUUGCACCAGAUGAACAGGCCAAACAGCUAUAUCGGCUCGGUAUCUGGGUCGGCGAUUGACGACAUGGGGUUUGUCCGCGGUCAGGGACAAGAGGAACCUAGAAGAACUCGCAGACGCAGCUUGCCCGCAUUGGAUUCUGCCGGUUUUUCCACGCCCUUGACCCCGCCCGAGCUUAAGCAGCCGGAACUACCAAGCCGUCCAGAUCGACCAGCAUCGGCCAAGGUGGCCGAAAAGAAGAACAACAACCCCAACAAAACCACCAAAGCUGGAAGCAACAAGGCCGGCGACAGAAACAACAGCAGCGCUACUACUGACGCCCGUCUUGGCAGCUCGGACAGCCGGUCCUCUGGCCGCAGCGCUGGAAGCAACAAUUCCAGAGCUUCCUCUUCUUCGGCCAACCGCAGCGCGAAGGCUUCCAACCCCACCGGAAACCCCGCCCCGUCUUCCUCCUCGCCUUCUGAGCAGACGGGCAACAGCCAAGAUUAUCCCCGGCUGGUCAACAUUCCCCCACGAAGUUCAUCGUCCGAUGCUGCAACUCCGAAGCGUGCCGUCAAUUCGUCUCCCCUUUCCAAGGCAAUGGGCACGGAGACUGAGAAUGGCGUUUCGGCCGAUGCCGCCGACAGCGCGAUUCAGGAGGCCGUGAAGCCGACCACGCCUCGCGUCGAGAGUCCGGCCGCCAGGCAGCUGGCUGCCAUCAACGAGAAGGGAGGGAAGCCAAAGAACAAGACAUCGAGACUUAGGAGAGCCUUCUCCUUUGGCAGCGCGGCAGAGUUCCGGAAAGCGGUACAUGCUAACAGCGAAGCCGCCGAGAAUGGGCCAGGCAAGCUCCAGAAGGAGCAGAACCAGGAGGAUGCGUACGAGACGGAACAAGCCCGCAUCGCCCAGCGACAAGAGGAGGCUGGCAUCGGCAGCAACAUCUACGGCGGCAGACUCUUCUCGGGAUCGACCGAUAACCUAUCAAUCUCAUCAACGGCAUCCUCGGCUUCGAUUAUGAUUCGGAAGAUGGGUCGUGGAAUGAAGAAGGGCGGUCGUUCCCUUGUCGGCCUUUUCCGGCCUAAGUCCAUCAUUGGUGUGCCGGCGGCCGAUGCCAGGAUGCCCGAGGCCAUGGAAGCUACCGUCUCCAUGGUCAAUGUCGAGGCCGAGCGCGAGCGUGUCAAUGUGAACGCCGACCCUCGAACGCAAUCCGGUGGCGGUACCGGCUUCCCUCGUCUCGAGCGAAAUUCCAUCGACGCCGCCAAUGUACCCACACUCGAAGCGGACCCACGAUCUAGCACAGGCACAGACAGCUCGGCAGCACGAAAGAGCAUUGUUGGCGGUGAGAAGGAACGUGCCGAGGUCUUGGCUGCUGUCCGAAAGGGCAUCUUGAAGAAAGACCGCAAUGGCUCCGCCAGCCCAUCUCCACGCGUUACAGAACCGCCUCAUGCUCCUAACGUCACCGAUUCCCCUACCUCCAGCGCUCCCAGCACCCCCAAUGAUGAGCAGCAAGGACACAGACGGACUGCGCCUGUCACCAUUGGCAGUGAGGAUUACUUUGUUUCGGCCCUCCGUCUCCGCCAGGACACCAAGAGCGCGCCCGGAACCCCUCAGGGCAGCCUGAAGCGCAACGCCACCUUCAGCCCCCGCAUCAUCACCUUUGAGACAUGGCCGAGCGGGGAGUACGAUCGCCGUGGUGACAUCGCGACGUGCAACCGCCUGACGCCAAUGCUUGCUCAGCAGAUCAAGGAAGAGCUGAACACAUUCAAGAUGGAGAUGGAGGUUCACGAAAACUCCAAGAUUUACACGCAUUUCUUCUAAUGAUUCAAGACGAAUGGCCCGCACCCCUUUCAAGCACAGCAGCACCUCUCUCGGCUCGAUUCUCUUUUUUCUGCACCAAGGGCGGCGAAGACGACCUCCCGUCGUGUAUUUGACCAAAGGAUUUGCACAAUUCCCAGGCGUUUUUCUUUUUCUCUCAUGGGACAAAGCAUAGUAAGGUGUCAUGGCGUUGAUUUAAGUCUUUUUUUUCUUGUUCUCACAUUGAUCUCGACAAACUUUUUUGUUUCUCUUUAUUUCCGUCUAGAAUCUGGCACACAGCAGCACAGCGAAAUUUAAUUACAAGCGGGGUAUGGGGGUGAAUACGGCCACGGGUUCACCUUGAUCCUUUUUCUUAUUUUCCUAAACAAAAUUAUGUUUCUGGUUCAUUCAGCGAAGUGGGGAGAUGUGUGCGUGUGUGCGUACGUGGUUGAGAGUUGAGUACUGUCUGUCAGCGAAAGUGAAGCGAAUUUUAUCUUUAACAAGCAGAGAUGUGGCUAGAGGUGUAAGGGUUGAUGGGUGAUGAGUGAUGUUGAAAGACAGAAGACAGCGUGAAGUUUUUUAAUAGAUGUGUCUGGUGUUUUGACCAGGGGGGGG